GCCUUCUACCACCACCAUCUAUCUACGACCAUCAUGAGCUACGAAAACGACCCUUUGCCCGACGGUUGGAUCCGCGAGUACGACCCCACCACGAAGCACCCGUUCUGGGUCCAUACCAAAGCGAAGCCACCCCGGUCUAUCUGGGUGCACCCGUACGAAGACGAGCAGUUUCUCCGCGAGCAUCCGGACAUCAGGGAUCGUCUCGCCCGCGAACGUGACGGUGGGACGCCGAGCGAAGCCCCGCCUCCAUACACGCCCAGGCGCCAUUCGUACUCCGGACAUGUCAAUGCCAAUACUUCUGGAUCACACCUGAACGUGCCCCAAGUCGAUCGAAGGGAUACGCGCUCGCAGCCAGGAACGCCCGUGGUGGGAAGCCACGACAGGGGCUUCUUUGGCAAGCUGAAGGACAAGGCCAUUGGCACCAAGGAAGAGCGCGAAGCGAAGCGGCGGCAGGAGAUGAGAGAAGAGGAGGAGUACGCGAAGCGGGUGGCCGAGCAGCGUCGCCGCCUUCAGCAACAGCGCGCUCAGCAGCGCGUGUCUUCGCCCAUUGGUGGACCAAGCGGAUACGGCCAGCGGGUGACCUACAGUCGGCCCAUGUAUGCAGCGCCCCUGGGGGACCCUUGGAGCAGGAGGGGAGGUGGCUUCGGCGGGGGAUACGGCGGAUUGGGCGGGAUGGGGUACGGCAGGUCUGGCUUUGGCGGAUCUGGCUUUGGCGGGUCGGGCUAUGGCCGCAGGUCAGGCUUCGGCGGAGGCCUCGGUAUGCCGCUGUUGGCUGGUGCUGCAGGCGGACUGCUGUUAGGUGAUAUCCUCGAUGGACCCGGAGGGUUUGGAGGUGGGUUUGGUGGCGGCGGCUUUGGCGAUGGAGGGUUUGGAGGUGGCGGAUUCGAUGGCGGAGGCGGAGGAUUUGACGGAGGUUUCGGAGGCGGAGGUUUCUGAGACGGAAUCUUUUACUCACCAUGGAGGACACCUGCGAUCGCUUGUCCCUUGUCGUUCUUGCGUUGUACCGUUAUCGUCGGCCAGUGUGACUUCCAUGUACAGUGCAUGUACCAAUUCACGGAGUACCAAUUCACGGAGAAUGUAGCUUAGAC